CAUUGUUGUGAAUCAUGUGCUCCAUAUUAUCUAUUACAUGCGGUAGUUAACGCCUUUUUUCAGAAGUUUUUAGUUUCUUUUGACAAAAUUCCGAGUUUAAGUGGGCAAAGCACCAUGGCAGGAAGAAUGCCUGCCGUAGUAAUUGAUAAUGGGACAGGAUAUACAAAAUUAGGAUUUGCUGGAAAUAAAGAACCACAACUUAUCAUUCCAUCAGCAAUUGGUAUAAAAGAAUCUGCUAAAAUUGGUGAUCAAGCUACUAGAAGACUUGCUCGAGGAAUUGAUGAUUUGGAUUUUUACAUAGGAGAUGAAGCCCUGGAUGCUUCAGGUUAUGCAGUUAAAUAUCCAAUCAGGCAUGGAAUUGUAGAAGAUUGGGAUUUAAUGGAGCGCUUUUGGGAGCAGUGUAUUUUCAAAUAUUUACGAGCAGAGCCUGAGGAUCAUUACUUUUUAUUGAGGCAGUCAAAUGAAAAUGAGACAGACUAUAUAACAAGUGUAGCACGGAAGUUGGUAAUGCAGUUACAGGCAGUGUUGGCUUUAGCUGCAUCAUGGGCUUCAAGACAGUUAGGUGAACGUACAUUAACUGGUUUAGUAAUUGAUUCUGGUGAUGGAGUAACACAUUGCAUUCCUGUGGCAGAAGGUUAUGUAAUUGGAAGUUGCAUUAAACACAUACCAAUUGCAGGACGAAAUGUAACAUACUUUAUCCAAAGUUUAUUAAGAGAAAGAGAAGUUGGGAUUCCACCAGAACAAUCAUUAGAAACAGCUAAAGCUAUAAAAGAAAGAUAUUGUUAUAUUUGUCCUGAUGUGGCAAAGGAAUUUGCAAAGUAUGAUCAAGAACCACACAAAUGGAUUAAAAAGCACGAAGGAUCUAAUUCAAUUACAAAACAAACUUUCUCUGUAGACGUAGGAUAUGAAAGAUUUUUAGGGCCAGAAAUAUUUUUCCACCCUGAGUUUGCAAAUCCAGAUUUCAUGACUCCAAUAUCUGAAAUUGUUGAUAGUUGUAUUCAGAGUUGUCCUAUUGAUGUUAGAAGACCGUUAUAUAAGAAUAUUGUUUUAUCUGGUGGCUCAACUAUGUUCAGAGAUUUUGGUCGACGGCUGCAAAGGGAUUUGAAACGUGUAGUGGAUGCUCGAUUAAAACUGAGUGAAACACUUGGCGGAGGAAGAAUAAAGCCUAAACCAAUUGAUGUUCAAGUUAUUUCUCAUCAUAUGCAACGUUAUGCUGUUUGGUUUGGAGGCAGCAUGUUAGCAUCAACACCAGAAUUUUAUCAGGUUUGUCACACAAAAGCUGCAUAUGAAGAAUACGGACCCAGCAUUUGUCGUCAUAAUCCAGUUUUUGGCACAAUGACAUAAUAUUUAAUUUUUGUUAAUAUGGUGUAACUGUUUCACAACAAAGGUGUGCUUCAGAGAUAUCAGUUUGUACACUAAAAUAUCUCAAAGAUUGAGAUUAUGCAAAUAGAAAAUAUCAGAUGUAAAAAAUUUGAUAAUGACAUUCUACCCAAUUGAUAAUGUUGCAUUUUUUAUGUACUAUUAUUUUCAUCAUGUUUUAAUAUCAAAAAUUACACAGUAUAAUAAUAAUAAAGAUACUGUCAGGAAAUUUACAAUAUUGUAUAGUAAAUAAUAAAAAAAUCUGUAUAACAGUAAAAAAAAUAAUAAAAUAUUUUCAUUGUUUAAACAGUGAUAAAAACUUGCAUUACCAAUUUUAUUAUUUUUUUCUUUAAAAUUAGAUGAAAGUUCACCACUGGUUCUCUGGCACCUCUCUCAAUCCAGAUGAUAAAAAUCAUGAGAAGACACUUAAAAUUUCAUUACUUCCAGAGCCACAAGUGGUAUUGUAUGUGGCAUUUAACUUGGAUUGUCUACAUUGCAGUCAUUAGCAAUCCUUUUAUUCUGUAUGAUUUUUAACUCAUUUUACUUAAACUUAAUCCUAGCUAUGAUUUCUGAAAAAGAAACUGGCGUGAUAGAGCCCAAAUGUCAAGUUACAUUUAACUUAUAUAUAUAUAAACAAUAUAUAGUUAACUUUCCAGCAAAUUUACAGUGUUUGAGACACGAGAAACACGUAAUUUGUGAUCCAGGAUAUACUGCUGAAUUGUCGUUUGACUCCAAUUGGUUGGAAGGGUGUGGACGUUCAGCCAGGGGUGCUGGAAAAUUGGUGGUGGGUCUGUAUUUAUAUUUUUUCUUACAAAUUGUAAAAAUUCAGGUUAUCAAGCUUUAAUAUAUUUGCCAAUUUGCAUCUGUAGAUGAUUACUGUUACUUUAUUAAUGCUUUAAUAAGUGUCGGUUAAGUUUAUAAUCAGAGCAUUUUUUUAAAUAUGGCAUAAAUGAGGUGAAUAUAAAUAUUUCUUAGAUAGUAAUUGAUAUUCAGUUACAAAGUGGUACUGUUAAUUUUUAAUGAAAAAUAAAGCAGAAAUAUUGAAUAAACUUGUAUUUUGUUGUUGUUUUUAUAACAGUUCUAGUAUAAAUUUAGAUAAUUAUAUCUUGCUAUUAACAAUUCUGAACUAUGUUAAUGUUUAUCUUUACAUACAGUAGAGACUAUUUUUAAUCUUAAAAUGUAAUUUACUACUGUUAGUUGUAAUAUAUGAUCGAGUAUAGUAAUAAUGUUGUUUAAUUUUGUAUGUAAAAAUUUUAAACAAGUUAUAAAUAAUUGAAAGUUAUUCACUGUUAUAAAAUACACACACAAUCAUUAAAAUUUCUUCAGACAUUUGCCAUUUCCAAAAUAAUGUGUUCCAAUUUGUAAUUUAGGUUUAAAUUGAUUUUUUUAUUAAUGUAAUUUCUGUUUUUAUACAUUAAUUUAAAGUUGAAAAAUGGCUGAUGUUAGUUUUCAGUUAUGUUGUUUCAAUUGAAAAUUAAUUCAGGAAUAUCUUUUCAAAUUUAGAAGCUACAUUUAUAUUAUUGAACUUUUUUGAAAGCAUUAUUGGCUUCAAUAAAUAUGUUUUUCCUAAAGUAAGUAUAUAAAAAAAAAACUAGUUAAAAAAUUGGAGGAUGGUUUGUUUUUGAAUGUGCUAAAAUAUCAAAAUUAAAUUUUUUAUAUUUGAAAGGAAAUUAUUGAAAUUGUUUUCAGAGAGCUGCUGCUUUCCAGAAGAUUAAUUUUUCAUGUCUCUUAGUAAUUUCAAUUAUCCCUGCCAAUCUACUAUUUUAUAAAAAAUUAUAUAAUUAAAAAUAACAAUUUCACUUAUAAAAUCUAAUUAGUCUAUCAGGUGCUGUACCAGCUUAUAGUAUUAUUAGUAUUUAGCAGGGUUAAUUAAUAUCUUUCAAUUUAUUGCUUAUGUGGUAUAUUGAAAUUUUUACAGUAAUAGUAAAUUCAUUUUGAGUAUAUAUAAAUUCAUAUAUAUAAAUAAAAAGUGUCUGUGAUAUUUGAAUAAAAGUAUUAAUUUAAAUGAACUCUCUUAAUCAGUAUUCAGACGGUAAAAACAGUAUUAAGAACAAGAGUGAGCUGUCUUGUUUUUUUAAUGUAGAAAAAUGUUAUAAUAGAAAAUUUAACACUUGAUUUCAUUAGAAAAAAAUAUGAAUUUUAAUAAAAUUAAUCUAUAUUAUUUUCCAUUCAAUUGAAAUCUCUGAAACAUCACUGUUCUUAUAUAAUAAAAUACAUCUUUUCCAUUUUGUAAUACCAAAUGUCUUUACUUUCUCCACUUCACAGUUGCUAUUAAGGAAAUUUUCUAUAUUUUCUACCAUAGUCUUUGUCACAGAGUCUUCCAGAUUUUGGAAUUUGUCACAUUUUAAUCGUCUCAUUCUUCUAGAUGUCGACCUGUAGCACUUCCAAUUUUGAGGUUCGAGCAGCAAGUAGUUGGUUAAGUUACAUGUGUUUUUUAAAAAAGUUUUAAGACCACAAU